AUGAGGGGUGCUGUAGCUCUGCUGGUGUUGCUGCUCUGUCGGUCUGGGACACAGGCUCAGGGAGAGAGUGGAGGGGAUAGAGAGAGUUUGGUGGAGAGCCGCGGGACUGGAGAUACAGAGUUGACUAGCAAACAGACGACCGGCCAGACCAUCACAACGCCUGAUAUCUGGGGUGAGGUAGAGGAGCUUAGAGACGUGGUGGAUAACCUGGGAACCAUGAUUUUGGAGCAGAGAGAGAAGAUGAGGAACAUGGAGAAAAAGAUGGAAAGAAGGUGGAGAGAAAAAUGGCGAAGAGGAUCUGAGGCCAGACUGGAGACUAUGGGGGCCAGACUGAGUGUCAUCGAGAGGGAGGUAGAGGACUUGAAAGAACAGAAUACAGCCAUGGGCGGCAGACUGAGUGCCAGUGAAAGGGAGGUGGAGGAGCUGAAGAGAAUAAAUGCAGCCCUGGAGGCCAGAGCGACAGACAGUGAGAAUGGGAACACAGCCUUAGAGGCCAGACUGAAUGCCAGCGAGGGGAUGGUGGAGGAGCUGAGGAAAGAGAAUGCAGACAGACCAAAGGUGGCCUUCUCUGCUGGUUUGACUAAUGAUGGAUAUUUAGGACCCUUUAAUAGUAUCACCACACUAGUAUACAGAAGGGUCAUCACCAACAUCGGCAAGGCCUACAACCCAAAUACAGGUGUCUUCACAGCACCAGUGAGAGGACUCUACUACAUCAGAUUCACUGCCAUGGGUCUCAAGGGUCCACCGUCCAUAGAUGCCUAUAUUUACCACAACGACAAGAGUGUCAUGUUCAAUCACCAGAACAAUGACAAUGGGCGUAAUAGGUUCUUGUCUAAUGCGUUGACUCUAGAGCUGGAGGCCGGGGAUGUGGUCUACAUGCGUCUCCCAGUAAAUCAUGAGCUCUAUGAUGAAAAGUCGAGUAACUACAGCACCUUCAGUGGCUUCCUGCUCUUCCCCAUGUGA